AUGACUGACACAUGGAACGACGUCGAGAGUGAAUUUGUUGCAUGCCGUUCUUACAAUAUCUCAGACAGGAAUUUGGAACCUCCAACAUGGCUGUAUGUAGAACCUCCAACAUGGCUGUAUGUAGAACCUCCAACAUGGCUGUAUUUAGAACCUCCAACAUGGCUGUAUUUAGAACCUCCAACAUGGCUGUAUGUAGAACCUCCAACAUGGCUGUAUUUAGAACCUCCAACAUGGCUGUAUUUAGAACCUCCAACAUGGCUGUAUUUAGGACCUCCAACAUGGCUGUAUGUAGAACCUCCAACAUGGCUGUAUUUAGAACCUCCAACAUGA